GAGGGCGGCGGCGGCGGGCCCGACGACGAGGGCGGCGGCGGCAGCGGCGAGCCGCGGCAAGGAUGCUCGAAUGCAGUCCAGAUACCUCACUGAGGAGUUGCAGAGGAUUUUCACCGAAGACACGGACUCCGAAACUGAAGUGUUUGAAGGCUUUGCUUCAAGUGAGGUGGAUGUGAACAAGAAACAAGUUCUGGCAGUAGAGUCGGAUUUGAGUGAUGAAGAACGUGGUAAUUUAUUGGGUAGCGAGGAAGAAGAGGAGGAUAAGACAAAGAAGGUUUCCCCCAAGAGAAGAAGCUUUGGUCUUCGUGUUGCAUUUCAGUUUCCCACCAGGAAGUCUUCUGAGAAAAAAGUGCCUGAACCAGCUUUUUCUAAGUUACCUUUUAAGGACAAUAAAGACCUCACACCUCUUUCCAAAGAAAUAAGUUCCAAGCGAUGGCAUAAACUAGAGGGCUCUGCUUCAGAAUCUGAAGAAGACAUUAAAGAAACACAGGAAGAAAAUUCUAGUGCUUUGCUUAAAAGAGCUAUGAAUAUUAAAGAAAAUAAAGCCAUGCUUGCCCAGCUAUUAGCAGAAUUGAAUUCCAUACCUGACUUAUUUCCAGUGAAAACACCCACCUCAACUCCUUCGAAACAGAAGAAAAUCCCAAGGAGGACAUUUUCUGAAGGUCAGAUAGAGCGUCGCAUGAACCCAACCAGAAAUGCUCGUCCACCAGAGAAGUUUGCCUUGGAAAAAUUUACUGUGUCUGCUGCCAAAUUUGCGGAACACUUCCGUAGCUACAGACAGCAAAACCUCUUGAAGAAAAGACUCAGUGUGCAGGGAGAUUGUGGAGUGCGCAAAAGAAGGAGGUCAUCGAAGUACUCAUCUUACCGUUCCGCAAAGGAUAUUACUGAAGAGGACUUGGACAACAUUGCAAUCACGGUUAAAGACAAAAUCUAUGAUAAAGUUCUAGGUAGUACUUGCCACCAGUGUCGACAAAAGACAAUUGAUACAAAGACAAUCUGUCGUAACCAGGGCUGCGGAGGUGUAAGGGGACAGUUCUGUGGCCCUUGUCUCCGAAAUCGAUACGGUGAAGAUGUGAAAUCAGCACUGCUAGAUCCAGACUGGAUCUGUCCUCCAUGUCGUGGAGUAUGUAACUGCAGUUACUGUCGCAAGCGUGAUGGUCGCUGUGCCACAGGCAUGCUCAUUCACCUGGCAAAGUUCUAUGGCUACGACAACGUGAAAGAAUACCUUGAAAGUUUACAAAAACAACUGGCGGAUGACAAUUGAGAACACUGAACUCAAGCUGUGCCUGCAACUGGUUAAUAUGUAGACAAGUUUUGACUUUUAAAGUUUAUUGCUAUGUUUUAUAUAAGAUAGAAUUGUAGAGUAUAGUAUAUGUAUUUCUGCAUUUAGAAUUUUUUGAUUGAUUGGUCUUAUGCAAAAGAUCUCUCAGGAAAGCGUCUCAGUAGAGAAAUCUAUGUGUUCAGUUAUGCACAGACCUGUACAUCAAGUGGAAUGGCACUCUUGAACCUUGAGUGGUUAAUUUCUAAUAGGGCUACACAACUACGUGAUGGAAAUGUUUGUAGAUUUGAGCAAUAACUUUUAUUUAUAUGAACGUGAAAGUCAGCAGAAAGGUGUUUAACAACUACCUAUAAAGCAUACUGCCUCUUUAAAAACAACAACAACAACAACAAAACUCUCAAACCCUUGUGAAUCUUUAUGCUCAGGUCUGGAGCAACUUUCCAGUCAUUGCUGUCUGAACUUAUCUCUCCACCGCUUAGUUUAUGGGCCUUGUCCCUGCAAAGAAGGGAGAAAUGCUUUCAUCUGAAUGCCAUUAUAUUCCAGCCAAACAGCCAAAGCUGAUGCGACCUAGUAGUGGGAGGAUGAUUAUUUUUUUUAUUCCAAAGUGCAAUUAACCACUGAAACGUGAAAGUGGAAGAGUGUUUUUUGUUUUUGUUUUUGUUUUUUUUUAAAAAAAGAAAAAAAAAGGAAAAAAGGGGGGGACACACUGUUUUUGUAAGUUCUAUAUUUAAAAAAAAUUGUCAGUUUCAUCCCAAUAAAGAAAAAAGAUUGCUCACCAGCAGUUUUUCCAUGUGAAUGCACCUGCUGCCUGAGCCAGCCAUCUUACAGUAAUCACACUUGGUUUAAACAGUUUCCAGAUUUUUUUUAAAUAUAAUGCUUAUUGGAUAUUGUUUUUAAUAUGUGCAGCCAAGUUUUUAGACAACUUUGUCUAAAUGUAACAUGUUUUUAUUGUAGUCUGAUUAUGUUUAAAUUUAUGUAAGAAAGAUAAGUUUCAUUUUAUGUAGGGAGAAUAAAGAAUAAUCAAGAGAAACAUUUCCGAGUCAAAUCAUACACUGAGCUGCUACGAUGUUUCCCAUUUACUUUCCCCUAACCAGUGUAAUGAAGCAAGGCUUGCAGGUCAAUAAUCAUUAUAUAGAGAACCCCCUGCACACAACAUGAAAGAUAAGGAAAUAGCAACAU